CCUCGCAGCGCAAUGGCGGCGGCCGCGGCGGAGCAGCAACAGUUCUACCUGCUCCUGGGAAACCUGCUCAGCCCCGACAAUGGAGUCCGGAAACAGGCGGAGGAAACUUAUGAGAAUAUCCCAGGCCAGUCGAAGAUCACGUUCCUCUUGCAAGCCAUCAGAAACACAACAGCUGCUGAGGAGGCCAGACAAAUGGCUGCCGUCCUCCUAAGGCGCCUCCUGUCAUCCGCGUUUGAAGAAGUGUACCCGACCCUCCCUUCCGAUGUCCAGGCUGCCAUCAAGAGUGAGCUGCUCAUGAUCAUUCAAAUGGAAACACAGUCUAGCAUGAGGAAAAAGAUAUGUGACAUUGCUGCGGAGCUGGCCAGGAAUUUGAUAGAUGAUGAUGGCAACAACCAGUGGCCUGAAGGUCUGAAGUUCCUAUUCGACUCUGUCAGUUCGCAGAAUAUGGGGCUGCGGGAAGCAGCUCUUCACAUUUUCUGGAACUUUCCUGGAAUUUUUGGGAAUCAGCAACAGCACUAUUUAGACGUCAUCAAACGAAUGCUAGUUCAGUGCAUGCAAGAUCAGGAGCAUCCGGCGAUCAGGACAUUAUCGGCUCGAGCCACAGCUGCGUUCAUACUGGCAAAUGAGCACAAUGUUGCUCUGUUCAAACACUUUUCCGACUUGCUGCCUGGAUUCUUACAGGCUGUGAACGACUCAUGCUACCAGAACGACGACUCGGUCCUAAAAUCCCUCGUUGAGAUUGCAGACACGGUCCCCAAGUACCUGCGUCCUCACUUAGAAGCCACCUUACAGCUCAGUCUGAAGCUCUGCGCAGACACCAGCCUCAACAACAUGCAGCGCCAGCUCGCCCUCGAAGUGAUCGUCACCCUCUCGGAGACCGCCGCUGCCAUGCUACGGAAGCACACCAAUAUCAUCGCGCAGACUAUUCCUCAGAUGUUAGCGAUGAUGGUCGAUCUUGAAGAGGAUGAAGACUGGGCCAAUGCAGACGAGCUGGAGGAUGACGACUUUGACAGCAAUGCAGUUGCUGGCGAGAGCGCUCUCGACCGAAUGGCCUGUGGACUCGGUGGAAAGCUGGUUCUGCCCAUGAUCAAGGAACACAUCAUGCAGAUGCUGCAAAACCCUGAUUGGAAAUACCGGCACGCGGGAUUAAUGGCCUUAUCUGCCAUUGGCGAGGGCUGCCACCAGCAAAUGGAAGGAAUUCUCAAUGAGAUAGUAAAUUUUGUCUUGCUUUUUCUUCAGGAUCCUCACCCCAGAGUCAGGUAUGCAGCCUGCAAUGCCGUAGGACAGAUGGCAACAGACUUUGCUCCUGGUUUCCAAAAGAAAUUCCACGAGAAGGUGAUUGUUGCACUGCUGCAGACCAUGGAAGACCAAGGCAACCAGCGCGUGCAGGCCCAUGCUGCAGCCGCGCUCAUCAACUUCACCGAAGACUGCCCCAAGUCCCUGCUGGUUCCCUACCUGGACAACCUGGUCAAACACCUCCACUCCAUUAUGGCACUUAAACUGCAGGAGCUGAUUCAGAAAGGUACCAAGUUAGUCCUGGAACAAGUCGUGACGUCCAUUGCUUCAGUUGCUGAUACUGCUGAGGAAAAGUUUGUUCCCUACUAUGACUUGUUCAUGCCAUCGCUGAAACACAUCGUGGAGAAUGCUGUCCAGAAGGAGCUCCGGCUCCUACGUGGGAAGACCAUUGAGUGCAUCAGCCUCAUCGGGCUGGCGGUUGGCAAGGAAAAGUUCAUGCAAGACGCAUCGGAUGUGAUGCAGCUGUUGUUGAAGACCCAGACAGAUUUCAGCGACAUGGAGGAUGACGACCCUCAGAUCUCUUACAUGAUCUCUGCAUGGGCCAGAAUGUGCAAGAUCCUCGGGAAGGAAUUUCAGCAGUACCUGCCAGUGGUCAUGGGCCCCCUGAUGAAGACCGCAUCCAUCAAGCCAGAAGUCGCCCUUCUGGACACCCAAGACAUGGAGAACAUGAGUGAUGAUGAUGGUUGGGAGUUUGUGAAUCUUGGCGACCAGCAGAGUUUUGGUAUUAAAACUGCAGGAUUGGAAGAAAAAUCCACUGCGUGCCAGAUGUUGGUUUGCUAUGCAAAGGAGUUAAAGGAAGGCUUUGUGGAAUAUACCGAACAGGUGGUCAAACUGAUGGUCCCUUUGCUGAAAUUUUACUUCCACGAUGGCGUGCGAGUGGCGGCAGCCGAGUCUAUGCCCCUUCUCCUGGAGUGUGCCCAAGUUCGAGGGCCCGAGUACCUCACGCAGAUGUGGCACUUCAUGUGCGAUGCACUCAUCAAGGCCAUCGGCACAGAGCCUGACUCGGACGUGCUCUCGGAAAUAAUGCAUUCUUUUGCCAAGUGCAUUGAAGUGAUGGGAGAUGGAUGCCUUAAUAAUGAACAUUUUGAAGAAUUGGGAGGUAUAUUGAAAGCAAAGCUGGAAGAGCAUUUUAAAAAUCAAGAAUUGCGGCAAGUUAAAAGACAAGACGAAGACUAUGAUGAGCAGGUGGAAGAGUCACUCCAAGAUGAGGAUGAUAACGAUGUCUAUAUCCUGACCAAAGUGUCAGACAUUCUACAUUCAAUAUUCAGUAGCUACAAGGAGAAAGUACUGCCCUGGUUUGAACAGCUGCUUCCGUUGAUCGUCAACCUAAUUUGUCCACACAGACCAUGGCCAGACAGACAGUGGGGACUCUGCAUCUUUGAUGAUGUCAUCGAGCACUGUAGUCCGUCUUCAUUUAAAUAUGCCGAGUACUUCCUGCGGCCGAUGCUCCAGUAUGUGUGCGACAACAGCCCUGAGGUCCGGCAGGCAGCCGCCUAUGGCCUGGGUGUCAUGGCGCAGUAUGGCGGAGAGAGCUACCGACCUUUCUGUACAGAAGCGCUUCCACUGCUGGUAAGAGUUAUUCAGUCUACUGAUUCGAAGACCAAAGAAAAUGUCAAUGCUACAGAAAACUGUAUUUCAGCAGUCGGGAAAAUUAUGAAGUACAAGCCUGACUGUGUAAACGUCGAAGAGGUCCUACCCCACUGGCUGUCAUGGCUGCCUCUGCACGAAGACAAAGAGGAGGCCGUGCAGACGUUCAGCUAUUUGUGCGACCUGAUCGAGAGCAAUCACCCGAUCGUUCUUGGCCCAAACAAUACCAAUCUGCCCAAAAUAUUCAGUAUCAUCGCUGAGGGAGAGAUGCACGAGGCCAUUAAGCACGAAGACCCUUGUGCCAAACGCCUGGCUAACGUGGUUCGUCAAGUUCAGACCUCCGGAGGACUGUGGACUGAAUGCAUCGCGCAGCUCAGCCCUGAGCAGCAGGCGGCCAUCCAGGAGCUGCUCAACUCGGCCUGAAGGGCCUUGAAGCAAGCAAGCGCCGCCCACGCUGCAGCCGCCACCCAGCCAACUCCAAAUAAACGUUUACCCUUUUGUUUAGGUUUCUUUUGUUUUUGUUUGUGAGCCAGAAGAGAACAGUAGUGUUGUGUGGGGGCCACUCCCCCAGCAAAGGAAGUGCGACGCUGGGGUUGGCGCUGGUGUGGAUGCGGAUGGACGGCUGGCAUCCCCUGGAACCCCCCGGAGAACAGCCCACCCUGGCCACAAGCAAGCCCGGCCGUGACCCCGGAGAGUAUUUUUCUAUUGGGAUAACCCAGCCCUGUGGAGGCGAAGGGAACCCCACCACCCCUCAGUAUUUUUUUUCUCACUAGACACGUUUCCAUCCAACAAACGGACACACUAGUAGCACCGGUUCUGUUGAUCGGAGUGUGAGUGUUUAUGUCGAGGAGGGAGACGGACAGGCAGACAGAGGCCUUCUAGCCAGCAAACCAGUAGAUGUGACCAUGGAUUGCGGGGAGGCAAGCAGGGGCGCGCAGAGUGGAGGAGAGAAGUGCCCGGCCUGGCCAUGUCACCCUCUAAUGUCCCGUGGGAUGUUCCCAAAGGCGCAGUGACUGCCAGAGGCCACUCAGCCUCCCACCGCUGAUUUGAAUGUCCUUGGCAUGUCCUGGCAAUAGUCUCAUUCGCUCAAUAAAUAGCGUUGAAAAUGCUAAAAGAACUUGGUGUACAAAUUCACUCCUUUUGGAUCCUUUGAAUGUGGUUUGGUUUUUUUUUUUUUUUUUCAUAGAAGAGUAAGUGGAUAUUUUCCUAAAGGAAUAGUUUGUCACUCUGAAUUUCCACCCUCGCCAAGUGUCUUCCCGAGGCCAUUCAAAGGCAGAAGCAGUACUUUGGCCCUCUCGCCUUUCAACCAAGCAAUGACACAAGUCUGCACCUUCACCAUUAUAGCCUUUAGAGGUUUGCCCAUUUCAAUUUGUUGUUAGGUUUUUGGGGGGUUUGGCUAUGUUUUGUUUUGUUUUUAAAUUAGUGGUUUCAAUUAGAGUUGCAAUUCGGUUUGAGUAUUUUUAUUGCAAAUUGUAAUGCCCUGAAGCUCCACACAACAAUUUUACUAUAAGUAAAAAAAGUAUUAUGGCUAAAUUUUUGGCUGAAAAUGAUUCCGUAAAAUGUGGGAAUGUGGUCUUUUUUUUUUCCUUUGUGUAUUAACCUAGCAGUUAAUGCUGUUUACUUUUUCUAAAGGAUCUUAAACAGAUUUCUGUUGAAACUUCAGUGUUAAUCUUUUUAUAGUUUGUACUCAAUUUACCCUUGCUCUAAGAAUGAAUUUUAUGCCUAGAUCAGAAAUUAAAAGAUU